ACUGUUUACUUUGCAAGAUUCAUUUGCCACAAAAUUAAGUUGUAAGCCUCUUUUACCAUGCUAUGCCUGAUAAUCUUGCUCAUUGCGUUAUGUAGAGCGGAAAGCAUGUGCAAUGUGCCGCUGCUGCAAUCCAUUCAAAGGAAAAAGAUGAAGAUUUCCACGGUAAUUUGGGGGGGCGAGAUUGCGAUCACACGCAGAGAUAGAAGGUGAAGAGAGGGGCUGGGUGAUUUCAGAACCAUUCAUAAUGACCAUUUUGAGUUGUAUGAGCUUCAAUUUGCACGGGGAGAGUGCAGAGGCGGCGGCAGAGGAUGAAGAUAGCAGCCAUAGCUGGGAAAAACGCCGAGAUAUCUGCAUCGCCCUUAUCACUAAAUAUUCCCCCAUGAUUCUCUGCACUCAACAAGCCCUAAAAACCCAGUUAGAUGACUUGCAACGCGCAUUACCAGGUUAUGAGCAAUUUGGUAUUUCGAGGAAAGGAUCUCAGGAUAAUACAGAUGAGCACUGCACUAUUUUCUACGAUAAAGAGAAGGUUGAGCGUAUGGAGGGUGGGACCUUUUGGUUAUCAGAGUCUCCAUCUGUUGCAGGAAGUACUUCAUGGGGUGCAACUGUACCCAGCAUUGCCACAUGGGUGACAUUUCAACUCAAAGGAGUUGAGCCACCUGGGUUUACUUUUCAAAUUGUGAAUACAAACAUGGAUGAAGUGAGUGCUCGUGCCCGACGACGAGGUGCGUUGCUAACAUGGCAGCAUAUAGCAUCCUUGCCUCCAAGCUUACCCGUUGUUUAUUGUGGAGGAUUUAACACGCAAAAGGAGUCAACCGCUGGACGCUUCUUGCUUGGAAGAUCAAGAGAACAUGGAGUCGUAGGUGAUAUGAGAGAUGCAUGGGCAAAUGCUCGCAUGAGGAAAAAUGUCUCCCUUAUACAUACAUACCAUGGAUUUAAAGGGGAUAAGCAGGGGACUCUAGAAUUCCUAAAGCUAUUUUUCAGAGCUCUUUGCCUGUGUUGGGAUCGCCAAAAUCAGGACUUGCACAUGGAUUGGAUUCUAUUUAGGGGACGAUCAUUGGCUCCAGUUUCUUGUGAAGUUGUAAAUGAUAACAUUGAUGGUUUUUAUCCAUCUGAUCAUUACCCAUUAUAUGCAGAGUUUAUGCUUCCCCGGACUGUGAGGUCAGUUGAGGAGGCUGCUUAAAUUUUAAUUAAACCUUAAACAGAGUCUUCUGUGCUGAAUUUUUAUGUCAGUGGUUUAUCGCUCACCUUUUAUGUUUUGGCAUUUUGUAGUAUAGAUAAGUCAGCAGCAAUAGAAAAUAUUUAUAGUCCUUGUACCUGAGCAUUUCCAUGUCUUCCAUUGUGAAAUAAUUAAUUCAUGCUUACGAACGGUGCAGUGUUACAACUUUACUUCAUUAUUUUGAACACAACAUAGCAUUUAUGCAGUCCUUUUUUGUGAAGUGUAAGCAAGUAUUUUAACAAGAAUCUUGCUGAUUGUAUACUUGUUGAUGUGUCAUUGAACUAUUUGGUGUAACAUUUUCAGCUAAUGAACCUAAUAAACCAGUGUUGUAAGCUCA